AUGUCAUCUGAAGACGCGCAAGACAACGGAAGUUCUGAUGUAAUUGUUUGGAACGAUGGAGCACUCACUGCCGAAACCUCUCGGCCCAAUUAUGACUCGUUUGGGGCAGAAGCCGGUCAUGAUAGUUCGCUUUUCCCAACUCCUAUUACGAUUCCCCCUCCGCUGGUGCCACUUAUAGACGAGAUCGUUGGCCGAGGAAGAACCAUAUCCUUGUUCACCCUAGACCCUUAUCCUCAACAUCCAAACCAGCCGUCUCCGGAUUCACAGACGCUCUACACGGAAACGGCGAUUGGCCGCCCGUUACUACCGUUGCAAGGGUCCCGGAAUAGGCCCGUGUACACAAACAAUACUUUGAAAGAGCGCGCAGAGUAUGAGGCCCAUCGUCUAGUUCAUCAGGUCAAGAGCUUUACAGAGUCGGGACAAACAUGCUUCAUUCACUACUCUCAAACCAGCAACUCCACUGCGCUACGCGAUGCUUUCGCUGCUUGCUCUCUACACACAACACGUAACUCAGUGAAUGCAUCCCUUGUGGCAUCGGAGAUAUCACGACGAGCAGAACUACUCAUACGGGCUACAGACGCAGCAAUCGAGCUAUGUCCUCCGAGCUCUCAGUCGACCAUAAGUCUUAAACUGCUGCCCUCUAUACAGGCCAUGCUGAUGUAUCAGUGCAUCCGGCUAUUCUCUGGCGACAACUCACAGCAAGAACAAGCUCAGCAGGACGCCAAGUCACUCUCCAGAUGGAUCGAUGUUUUGCAGGCACAGACGUCGGAAGUUUCCUCCAACAAUUCGAUGCUUAGUCGUUCUUGGGAAGACUGGGUCCGGGAAGAGAGCAUCCAGCGAACCAUGAUCGUUGCAGACCUUGUUGAGAGUAUUUACACUUUUCUCAAAUUCGGCUGGUAUCAACCCAGUCCAAGGCUAUCCGAGCUAAGUUUCACAGGCCAUGCAGCGAUAUGGAACGCAAGGUCGCUGGCGGAGUGGCAACAAGCCAUAGAGCAAAAGACGUGGCUCAGAUUGGAGAUGUCGAGGUUUCGUGAUAGUGUCAAGGGGGUUUCUUUACAUGAGCUUGAUGAAUUGGGUAUUAUGAUUCUGGUCAGUUAUGAGGGCUUUGAGGUGUUGAAGGAGUGGGCUGGUGAUGAUAAGAAGAUGCUUGAGAAAUGGGGUUUAAGCUCUGGAGAUAAUAAUCCAUUUGAAUAA